AUGACCGACUUUGGAGGCAGCCAUGUAUUCAUUUCGGGAGUGAGACGCAAGACAUUGCGGUCCCGCUCUUCCUGCGAUGUGCCGACAGAAGUAAUGACCCCUUACUGUGAAGUGGUGUCAAUAGGAGAACCGACACCACUGUUAGCGCCCGAGUCUCGUGACCUCGAGCGCCUUCGCUUCGGCGAUGGUUCAUCUGAUUCAGCAGAUGAACCAAAGAUGCUGCGACGCAAAGCAUCAUCCAUGCCACGCUUGGCAGGCGGCUUAGAGUCAAUCGCCGUCGAUACGGAUCCGUCUUUCGUAUCAGGAGAGUACGAGACACCGAGCUCAUACUCUGUGAAGACACGAGUGUCUUCAGGAUGA